AUGCUGACGGGGAACAGUGGUAUCUUCGGCUACAUCAACUACUUGGUGGAGAAGGACCGCAAGUUCAUCCUAGAUACCUUGCUCAAUGGUCUUUCUCGUCUGGAGUAUCGAGGUUACGACUCGGCCGGUCUAGCAAUCGAUGGCGACAAGAAGAAUGAGGUGUUUGCAUUUAAAGAGGUGGGCAAGGUGGCCAAACUCCGCGAGCUGGUUGCGCAGUCUGGUGUCGACAUGACAAAGGUUUUCGACUCUCACUGCGGUAUCGCCCACACCCGAUGGGCCACCCACGGCCAGCCAUCCAGACUGAAUUGCCAUCCGCACAGAUCUGACCCCAAGUGGGAGUUUGCCAUUGUCCACAACGGUAUCAUCACAAACUACAAAGAAUUGAAGGCCUUGCUCGAAGGCAAGGGCUUCAAAUUCGAAACCGACACUGAUACCGAAUGUAUUGCAAAGCUCGCCAAAUACCUCUACGAUCAACACCCAGACAUCGACUUCACCACCCUCGGGAAGGCCAUCAUUAAAGAGCUGCAGGGAGCAUUUGGCCUGCUUAUGAAGUCGGUCCACUUCCCCCACGAAUGCAUCGCUGCUCGCAAGGGUUCUCCCCUGGUGGUGGGCGUCAAGACGGCCAAGAAGAUGAAGGUCGACUUUGUGGACGUCGAGUACGGCGAAGAAGGCGGUGCUUUGGCUGCUGAGGUCGCCAACCACAAUGUUGCAGUCAAGAAGUCAGCGAAUGGAUUGUUGGCUCCCGGCGGCCUUCUCGCACCACCCGAUAAGUCCCUCCUCCACCGAUCUCAAUCACGAGCAUUCCUGUCAGACGAUGGCAUGCCUCAACCCGCCGAGUUCUUCCUCUCCUCUGACGCUUCGGCCCUGGUCGAACACACCAAGAAGGUUCUCUACCUCGAGGAUGAUGAUAUUGCUCAUAUCCACGACGGUCAGCUCAACAUCCACAGAUUGACAAAGGACGACGGCACUAGCAAUGUCCGCGCAAUCCAGACAAUUGAGCUCGAGCUUCAAGAGAUCAUGAAGGGCAAGUUCGACCAUUUCAUGCAGAAGGAAAUCUUUGAGCAGCCUGAGUCGGUCGUCAACACCAUGCGUGGCCGUUUGGACGUAGCCAACAAGACUGUUACUCUCGGUGGUCUCAGACAAUACAUGAGCACCAUCAGAAGAUGCAGAAGACUGAUCUUCAUUGCCUGCGGUACUAGCUACCAUUCGUGCAUGGCGGUUCGUGGUGCCUUUGAGGAACUGACAGAAAUCCCGAUCGCGGUUGAGUUGGCCUCCGAUUUCCUCGACAGACAGGCGCCGGUGUUCAGGGACGACACCUGCGUGUUUGUGUCACAGUCUGGCGAGACUGCCGAUUCAUUGAUGGCUCUCCGAUACUGCUUGGAGCGUGGCGCGUUGACUGUUGGUAUCGUCAACGUGGUCGGUUCGUCCAUUUCAAUGCUCACCCACUGCGGUGUUCACAUCAACGCCGGACCAGAAAUCGGUGUCGCGUCCACGAAAGCCUACACAUCGCAGUUUGUGGCGAUGAUCAUGUUCGCCCUGUCUCUUAGCGAGGACCGGGCUUCCAAGGCAGCUCGCCGCGCAGAGAUCAUCGACGGCCUUGCCAAGGUCAGCGAUCAAUUCCGUGAGAUCCUCAAGCUCAACGACUCGAUCAAGGAGAUGUGCGCCAAAUUUUUGCAGAACCAGAAAUCCCUUCUCUUGCUCGGCCGUGGCAGCCAAUAUUCAACCGCUCUGGAAGGAGCCCUGAAGAUCAAAGAGAUCUCGUAUCUGCAUUGUGAGGCAGUCAUGUCUGGAGAACUCAAGCAUGGUGUAUUGGCGCUCGUCGACGAGAACUUGCCUAUUAUCAUGAUCUUGACCCGGGACAACAUCUUCGCCAAGUCAUUGAACGCAUAUCAGCAAGUCAUUGCUCGCGGUGGUAGGCCCAUCGUGAUCUGCAACAAGGACGAUCCAGAGUUCCCUCCUUCGAAGACCGAGCUCAUCGAAGUUCCCCAGACGGUGGACCUCUUGCAAGGCCUGUUGAAUGUCAUCCCUCUGCAGUUGAUUGCCUACUGGCUUGCCGUCGCCGAAGGUCUGAACGUUGAUUUCCCGCGUAACUUGGCCAAGUCUGUGACUGUCGAGUAA